UUUUUUAAUAUAUCAAUCAUAAAUGAUUGACAUAUAUUUACUCAUGAAUAUUAAUAACAGUUAAAAUAACCAAGAAGACUACGUCUGACUUCUGAAGAUUUUUAUUUACUGGUAUGGCUAACAGAAGCUUUAAGUAAGUUGGGUCGAUGAGUUCAAAGAGGUUUUCGAUUCUAUUUGUCCUUUUCUUGGCACUCGUUUGUGUAACAACAGCACAAUCAUGUGGCUCGAGAUACCGUAAUGCACAGAUAUUUUCUACUUUUUACCUCAUGAGUCCAAAUUAUCCUUUCUACUACCCUUCCUCAACUACAUGCGAGUGGACUAUUACAGCACCAUCAGGCUAUGUGGUGGAGCUACGUUUUGUCACAUUUGAUACAGAAGGUUCCUAUAUGUCAGGAUCAUGCUCAAGCUUCAGUGAUGUUCUUGAAAUCUAUGAUGGGAGAUUCCGUGUAAGUAGUAAACUACUUGGCAAGUAUUGCAAGAAUUACCUGCCUGCAAAUGUGUACUCCUCUGGCACAUCUUUGUACCUGAGAUUCAAGAGUGACAGUUUUACGCAGAGAAAAGGCUUUAAAAUAAAUUACAGUGCAGUGAAACCAAAACCAGAUAGCACCAUCUGUAGUCCUUUCAAUACCUUUUAUCAAAACAACAACAUUCAGGUUUCUGGGUCAUCAGGUUACAUCAAAAGUCCCUUGUAUGGAACCAAGUACCCAAGCAACAUGAAGUGCACCUGGGUGAUAACAGUUCCAGAAGGAAACAAAAUCAAGCUGACAUUCUUAGAUUUUACUGUUGGGGAAGACUCUUUUUGCAGUAGUUAUUAUCCCUCAGAUGAUGAUCAACUUGAAUUAAGAGAUGGAAAAUAUUCUUCUAGCACUUCUCUGAAAACACUCUGUGGAAAAAGUUUGCCAUCUCCAGUCUACUCCAGUGGGAGAUACUUGUGGAUACAGUUCAAGUCUAACAGUGACAACCACAAUACUAGGAGUACUACUGGAUUUAAAGCCAAGUAUGAAACUCAAUCAACUAGUGACACUAAUGUUAGUUUAGUGGUUGGCAUUGUUCUUGCUGUUUGUAUACUGGUUUUUCUGGUGUGUAUUUGUGUUUGCAUCACACACAGAAAAAGAACUCCAGGUCAUGUCACUGUUCAAGCCACAGCAGCGACACAAGCAACGGCAGUGCAAAGUACCCAAAACCAGGCAAUUAGUACAUAUCAAUAUCCACAACAGACACAAGGUGGAUUUGUACCCCCUCCGCCUGUUGGACACUCUUCAGCACCCCAAAGUAGCUAUCCUCCCCCAUCAACUGGGUAUCCUCCAGCUCCUCAAGGCAGCUACCAAUAUCCUCCACCUGGUAGCUAUCCUAUGUCAACUGCUGGUGGUGGUACCUCAGCUCCUGGAUACCCACCCCAGUCUACAGUCCCAAUGAUGCCGUAUCCUCAACAGUCAUUCCCAAAUGAUCCUCCACCAGCAUAUCCAGGUCCACCAACUUACCCUCCACAAGUUGCUACAGGACAGCCUCCUCAAAGCAAUCCCAAUCCAUCUUAUCCACCACCUCAGGGUAUGGAAAUGCAACAGUCUUCUCCACCAUAUCCCCCGGCACAGGACACCAAACAGGCAACUGCACCUCCUCCAUUUUUUCAGGUGUUGGUAGUUCUUGUAGAAAUAUCCAGGAUAUCAGCUCAGUCUUGUGACGGUUCUACUAUUGAACUUGACGCUUUUAUAACACCAUCACAUCUCACAAGUCCAAACUACCCUUCCAACUACCCAUUCUCACGAAAAUGCCAAUGGAAAAUAACUGCACCAGCUGACUUUGUAGUUGUUCUGAAGUUUCUAGACUUUGACGUAGAAGGAAUGACAAGUUAUAGAAAUGAAGGGUGUACAGAUUAUUUAAAUGAUCAAUUAGAGAUUUAUGAUGGACAACAUGCAGAAGAUGAGAAACUUCUUGGCAGGUACUGCUCAACAUACCAACCACCCAAAGUAUUCUCCUCUGGUACAUCAUUGUUGCUAGUAUUCAGAAGUGAUGGUCAUAAUGAGAGAAGAGGCUUUGGCCUGCAAUACUCAGCAACAGUUCCAAAACCAGAUAGCACCAUCUGUAGUCCUUUCAAUACCUUUUAUCAAAACAACAACAUUCAGGUUUCUGGGUCAUCAGGUUACAUCAAAAGUCCCUUGUAUGGAACCAUAUACCCAAGCAACAUGCAGUGCACCUGGGUGAUAACAGUUCCAAAUGGAAACAAAAUCAAGCUGACAUUCUCAGAUUUCAGGGUAGGAGAGACUUUUUACGGUUGCUCACCAUCUCAUGACUUUGUGGAAAUAAGGGAUGGAGAAUUUGACGUGAGUGCUAUACUUGGCCAAUACUGUUCCAGCUCUAGACCUUCACCUGUUUACUCAUCUGGAAGGCACAUGUGGAUACGUUUCAACUCUAAUAGUGACAAUUAUCUUGAUAAACAAUAUGCACAGAAAAAAAAUGGAUUCAGGGCCAGUUAUGAAGUAAUAAAGUUAGGAAUGAGUGGAGUAAUAAUUGGUAUUAUCAUAACGGUAGUCGUAGGGACCCUUCUCUUUGUGGCUUGUUGUCUUUCUCUAAGAAGAAGAAGGGCUACAAGUCGUGAUCAAAUGGCACAGCCAGUAACACAAACAACACUCACCUACAUGAAUCAAACCCCUACAAGUGCCCCAUCUUAUCCAACUGUUCACUACUCUCCAGCACCCCAAAGUAGCUAUCCACCCCCAUCAAGUGGGUAUCCUCCAGCUCAAGAGAGCUAUGAACAACCUCCAUCUGGAAGCCAUCCUAUAUCAUCAACUACUGGUGGUCCAGGACAUACUCUCGAACCUUCAACAUCAAUAGAAGAACAUUCUUCGGGUACAUUUCUGAAUGAUCCUCCUCCUACCUACCGAGAGGUAGUUCCAGAUGUCCCCCCUCCUCCUUAUCCAGGAAUAUCUCAGAAUCCUUCACAGGUAACCACUACACAACACCAGGCUACUUCUUAACUAAUCUGAUUGGGUUCUGCUUCCUAGACUAAUGGAACCAUGAAGCCUCUAAAAUAUAUAGAAUAGAUGCCAUUGUGCUCAGUUGCUGCAUCAUCAUGAGACCGGCUUCCCAGCUUAGCCAACAAUAUACACCAAGGUAUAGAACAUCAACAGUUAUAUCCUUCAGUAGAGGAUUCAUGGAUAGAUGCCAUUGUGCUCAGUUGCUGCAACAUCAUGAGACCGGCUUCCCAGCUUAGCCAACAAUAUACACCAAGGUAUAGAACAUCAACAGUUAUAUCCUUCAGUAGAGGAUUCCCCUUAAUCUUGACAAACAUCUGGUGUUUUCUUGGCAGCUUCUCUGCAUACUGUCACAGUCUACCACCUGUAAUGCCCUAAAAGUUCAUGCAAUGACAGCUACCUUCACAACACAUUGCAUUGCAGUGCAAUGCAAUACUCAUUGCAUUGCAAUACUCCAGUCUUGAGUUCUCUUUUGCUCAGGGUUAGCCUCAAUUUUGUGCAUAAUAUUUAUGUAUUCCAGUAAAUGUCCGUGGAAUUUCGAAUUGUGUGUAUUGUUAAAGUUGUGCAUUAUUUACUUUACCAUACUUGGUAUUGUGAAUAUUUAGACUAAUUCAUGGCUAAGUCCUUAGUAAUCAAGGCCACACAGUGGUAAUUUGGAACUCAAAAAUUGCAAUUUCAAAGACGAUUAUGAUGAUGAUAACAACACCGAUUUCAAGGGGGGUAGCUGUUACUUAGAAAGCCACCUUACAGCGUCCUUUUUAGAUUUAACCUUAUUUUAUUAACAAUAUUUUCAAUUUCUAAAGGGAGGUGGCUAGACCACUCCUGUCCCCCCUAGAUCUGUUCUUGCAUGAAGUACUGAUUUGUACAUUAGUUUAUCUAAUGAUGUUGAAUUAGUUUGAGUCUAAUGUAAAAUUAAGAAUUUGCACAUAAUAAAUUGUACUGGAUGGUACAGACGCAAA